GAUGAACUAUCUCCAAACUUCCUUAUUUCUUGAAAUGGUGCUACGCUUAAUUGAAGAUAAAUUACCUUCAUCAUCUUCUAAACAAAACCAAAUUCCCAAAUAACAUAGCACAACAACAAACCAUCACAACCACAACCACAACCACGAUCACAACCAUCAUAACGACUACACUUACAACAAAACCAAAUCAACAAUUUCAUACUAACAAUUCACAUUUACAACACAAUGCCUUCCUUUCAACCAAAAUCAAAAUCAAAAGCUCCUUCAUCCCCAACCAAAAAACACCAUCCAAUCCUAACCAAGACAAAAAGUGGUGAAAUUUCAAAGAAGACGAAAAAGGCAAUUCUGAACGCAAAAUAUCCCCCGGCGAAAUCUCCCACUCAAUUGCUUCGUCGUCUAUCGAGCAAGAAACAAACUGCUCUACUUCGAGGAGUGCAGGGUAUCGAAAAACAGAACGUGUCGGAGUUCGGUGAUUCCGCUGUGCAUGUAUCAGAACGAAUGGAUGUUAAAACGACAGCUGUCGAGUUCGAGAAAGAGCUAAUGGAUAUUGAAACGACGGCUCUUGAGCCCGAGGAAGAGCCAAUGGAUAUUGAAACGAAACCUUCGCCUGUCAAAAUUGUCAAGAAACCUGCUUCUAGGAAACCUGAUUCCAAGAAGGCUAUGUCUGGUGGGAUUUCGAAGAAGAUGAGAAAGGCAUUGCUCAGCAUCAAAUCUGCUUCCAAAGCCCCUUCCAAAGCCCUUUGCAAAGCCCCUUCUAAACCCCCUCUGAAGUGGCCUCCUAAAUCACCGUUUACAUCUCCUUCCGCCUCUCCCUCUGCAACUUCCUUCACAACCUCUUUCACAACAUCUCCCACACCUCUUUUCCAAUCUCCUUUGAAAACCUCUCUCAGAUCCCCUUCAAAUCCUUCUCCUGUUCGACAUUUGCAUCGUCCCAAUGGAAAAUUUGCUCCAUUGAUACGAAUGAUACGGAUGAUCGGCAUUCAGAAUGUGCAGAAAUACGGUGACCCUGACAUAAUGGAUACUGUGAGUAUAUACUCUUUGCCACCUGAGCUCUUCACUGUAUACUUCACCUAUCUAUCUUGUUUACUGAUAGCAUACUACUCUCAUCGAGUUUAUUAAUAUAUAAUAAACUAACGAUCCAAUCAGGAUGAAGAUUACGAGUGGAACUACCCUGGAUUCAAUGGAUAUCUCUUGGAAGAGUUGAAUGUCAAGAAAAGGCAAUUCCCAGAGAUGGAAUUGGAUAAGGUGGCCUUGGCCGCUUAUCAUGCGGGAGAAGUCAAUGAAUAUGGCAUUGCUUAAGAUACCAUCGUCCUAGCGGUGGUUCAGAAUCAGAUCUUGGGAGAAUCUGAAUUUUGUUUAUAUUUCUCCCCUUGGGCUCGAUUCCAUAAGCAGCUGUCAUAACUUCCUUGCUUUCAUUUGAAAGUUUGGCACGGACAGUUGCCAUUACU